AUGGCGGGCCGUAUGGUACUAUACAAGCUGGUGGUGUUGGGUGAUGGUGGCGUAGGAAAGACAGCACUGACAAUUCAACUAUGUCUGCAACACUUUGUUGAAACCUACGACCCGACGAUUGAAGAUUCAUAUCGCAAACAGGUGGUCAUAGACGGUCAACCCUGCAUGCUCGAAGUCCUCGAUACCGCUGGACAGGAAGAAUACACAGCCUUGCGCGACCAAUGGAUUCGUGACGGCGAGGGUUUCGUACUCGUCUACAGCAUUUCAUCCCGCUCCUCAUUUACCCGCAUCAAAAAAUUUCACCACCAAAUCCAACGCGUCAAGGAAUCAUGUGCCUCCUCACCGUCAUACCCGGGGUCGCCCCUCUCCGCUGCGAGUCCCCAGAUGCCAGUGCCCAUCAUGCUGGUGGGCAACAAGAGCGACAGAGUUACGGAGCGUGAGGUAUCUACACAAGAAGGGCACGCACUAGCCAGGGAAUUGGGGUGCGAAUUUGUUGAAGCAUCUGCAAAGAACUGCAUCAAUGUUGAAAAGGCCUUCUACGAUGUCGUCAGAAUCUUGCGUCGACAGCGGCAACAAGCGUCUCGCCCGGCGGGUGGCUCGAGCGGCCGCUCACGUACAGGCAAUGGUGAUAUUGGGGGCCGCGAGCGCGAGGCACCAAGAUACCGGCGCAGCAAGGACGGCGAAAAGAGCAAAAAGUGUAUUGUAUUAUGA